AUUCAUUAUUGGAAGCACAUGAAAAAUUGAAAAAAGAUCAAGAGGAUAUGAAGAAAUCAAAAGGAAAACUAGAAGCUGUUGCAAUACUACGUGAAUCAAAGGAAAGAACAAAACAAUACCAACAA